UUGCGAAACCACAGAAGGCACAGCUGAGGCUUUCUGUUGCCUCAGUAAAGCUAGAUCUGUAGAUGCAAACACUCUCACGUUUGAUCCGUCAUGUUUCGAGAGGAAUGCCUUCUGUUAUUUCGGCUUAAUGGAACCGAUCGCAGCACGGGACCAGUUGCUUUUUUCCACUCGUUUUAUAUUCGUUAGUUUGGGGUUCCUUCAUUCCACUGGACCGGCAUGGCGCGACACCUUCGACUGCAUUUCGCUUCGCGUAGAAGCAACACCGAUCCGCUCUCGGAAACGUGCAGCGCUCAAGCCGAGGAAAGCGUGCGCAUGUCCGGACACAUGAAGCUGACCCCAGGACAGCUGGCUCUAGCUUUGCCACCCUUGUCGCCAGAAAACGGUAAUUUACAACGGCACCCCACCCUAGUUAUGCCCAAGGUGAACGGGAGCAAAAAAAGCACGCUUCAGAUCUCCUUACAACCUUGCAAGCAGAACGGAGACGCGGACGGCGGGGAAGACGGAGAGAAGGACGGAAACGGGGAUGGAGGUUCGUGCUGCAGCAGCACAACAAGCGACGCCGGAUAUUGCAGCAGCAACAGCAUAUUCGAAGCGGAUCUCCCGGAUCGCAAGCCGAUUGCUCGGCGGAAAGCGAGGGCGCCGUUACGGCGCUGCUCGUCUUUGGUUAUUUUCCCACGGAGCCCGUGCACCACGCCGCCCGCCUCGCCCGUUAGUCCGGUUGCGUCUCCGAUGAUUCCUCCGCUCCCUCCGUCAGCACGAAGCUCCUUCCAAACCUCUCAUCAGAUGCAGCUGUCCAGCACCGAUGCGUCUCACGAGGACAAGGGAUCCAUCGCCACUGCAGUUAAUGGUCUACGCUUGUCUAAAAACAGCACGUCAGCGGAGCACCGAGACGCCAAACCCAUCGUGCACUUCAGCGUGCCACCGGAGCAACCCGAAAGACACUCCAGCGUUUUAUUGCACUUCGCAAACCAGAGACCGCUUCCCUCGGGGAAAGUAAGUUCGGCCAAAACUAAGCUUAACGUCGACUGUCCCAAACCUCUCGAGGAGCCUCAGAAAGCCAAGCUUUUCCGCAGCACCUCGGCUUGUGUGUUGCCCAGACCAUCGUCGACGGAAAGAAGGCACAACACUUUCCCGACUGCUUGUAGUUUGCAUCAGUCUUCAAAGAAAGGAUCUCAUCCCAUCCUUCAUAGGAGUAUUUCUCUGGAGUUACCCUGUGCGAACGCUGAGAUAUCUUGUCACGUUUCAAACGCUGCAGACUUGCACUCCACGAACGGCCCUCCGCAUGUACACAUCCACGUAUCGCACGGGACAGGUGCCAGAAAAUCAAACACCGCGCAGGACAACGGCAUCAACAACACAACGUGUCACGUGCCGACCUGCGCUGAGAGAAAUUAUACCACGAGGGAUGACUUCCUCGGACAAGUGGAUGUUCCUCUACACCAGAUCCCUACAGAAAAUCCGAACAACGAAAGGCCGUACACUUUCAAGGACUUCCUGUUGCACCCGAGAAGUCACAAGUCGAGGGUGAAAGGUCAUCUGCGACUGAAGAUGACUUACCUGCCCAAAAACAGCGAUGCGGAGGACGACCCUGCUGAACUCACCGAGAAUAUAGAUCCUGGCUGGGAGUUUUUGGAGCCUCAUGAAUUAUGCAGUCCUCAUCACCCGCAUCAGCUGCCUGCGCUGCCCCCUGGCUGGGAGGAGCGGCAGGACAACCUGGGGCGAACUUACUACGUCAACCACGAGAGCAGGACCACACAGUGGCACAGACCCACCAUCCAGGACACUCAAAGAGACAAUGAACAGAGACAGGAUACACACAACGAGUCCCAGCGGGCGUUCCUCACACGCAGACAAAUAUCCGAACAUGACGAGAACCACGAGCGCAGAGAGUCACCUGAGAGCUGGGAGAUCAUAACGGCAGAUGAGUCCACGUUAUACAGCCUGAGCGAGCGCUCGCCACCGCCCCCUCACUCCCCGAUGGAGUUCACGGGAUUCUGUGAGGAGUUCAGCCGACUGCAGCCAGGAAACGACAGACGCACUUCCCUCACGGCACAGGGUCACGGCAGCCGCAGAGGAAGCACACAGACCCUCACGGUGGAAGAGCAUCCGGUUCACCCCGUGCUGUUACCCACCUCUUCCGGGCUGCCUCCGGGAUGGGAGGAAAAGCAGGACAGUAAAGGGAGACUUUAUUACGUCAACCACAACAGCAGAACCACGACCUGGACACGGCCGCUCAUUCAGCUCAUACAGCCUCCCAAUGAGGUGGUGGGCGGGGCCAUGUCUCUCUCCCAGAAUGCCACAGGCUACGCUCCGCCCCUGCUCUCCCCGGAAGUGUCCCCGCAGCACACACACUCACACACACCGGAGCCCGUGGGCCUGAUGCCGACCGGCUGGGAGGUGCGCAGCGCUCCGAACGGACGGGCCUUUUUCAUAGACCACAACACGAAGACCACCUCAUGGGACGACCCCCGGCUGAAGGUUCCCAUGCAAAUGAGGAGAGUCUCCCUCGACCCCACUGACCUCGGCCCACUGCCGCCUGGCUGGGAGGAGCGAGUACAUAGUGACGGCAGAAUCUUCUACAUCGAUCACAACACAAAAGUCACGCAGUGGGAAGAUCCGAGACUGCAGAAUUCAGCCAUCACUGGUCCGGCCGUGCCUUACUCCAGAGACUAUAAACAGAAGUAUGAAUACUUCCGCAAGAAACUGAAGAAACCGGCAGACAUCCCGAACCGCUUCGAGCUGAACGUGAGGCGUAACGCUCUCCUGGAGGACUCGUACCGCCGGAUCCUGGCCGUCAAGCGCUCGGAGCUGCUGAAGGCCCGUCUCUGGGUGGAGUUCGAGGGGGAGAAGGGCCUCGACUACGGGGGCGUGGCCCGGGAAUGGUUCUUCCUGAUCUCCAAGGAAAUGUUCAACCCUUAUUAUGGGCUGUUUGAGUAUUCUGCCACGGAUAACUACACCCUGCAGAUCAACCCCAACUCAGGUCUGUGUAACGAGGACCACCUGUCGUACUUCAAGUUCAUCGGCCGGGUGGCUGGAAUGGCCGUUUAUCACGGGAAGCUUUUGGAUGCAUUCUUCAUCCGGCCCUUCUACAAGAUGAUGUUGCAGAAGCCAAUCACGUUACAGGAUAUGGAGUCAGUGGACAACGAGUAUUUUAAUUCCCUGCGAUGGAUUUUGGAGAACGACCCCACAGAGCUGGACCUCCGGUUCGCCAUCGACGAGGAGCUUUUUGGACAGACGCACCAGCGUGAUCUGAAGCCAGGAGGUGCUGAUAUUGUCGUCAAUGACACCAACAAAAAGGAGUAUAUUCAUCUGGUGAUGCAGUGGAGGUUUGUAGAUCGGAUCCAGAGACAGAUGACGGCCUUCAAGGAGGGUUUCUACGAGCUGAUCCCUCUGGACCUGAUCAAGAUCUUUGAUGAAAACGAGCUGGAGCUGUUGAUGUGUGGCUUAGGAGACGUGGACGUCAACGACUGGAGAGAAAACACCAAAUAUAAAAAUGGCUACAACCCCAAUCACCCCGCCAUCGUCUGGUUCUGGAAGGCGGUGCUGCUGAUGGAUGCAGAGAAGCGGAUCCGUCUGCUGCAGUUUGUGACGGGCACGUCCCGCCUACCAAUGAACGGAUUUGCUGAGCUCUACGGAUCCAACGGGCCGCAGUUGUUCACCAUCGAACAGUGGGGGACGAGAGACAAACUGCCCCGAGCACACACCUGUUUUAACCGGUUGGAUCUUCCUCCGUACGAGUCGUUCGACGAGCUGCGAGAGAAAAUGCACAUGGCGAUAGAGAACGCUCAGGGUUUUGAUGGAGUGGAUUAAACUCUGACGUCCAGGACAGGAGCGUAACCAUGACGACAGCAUCACGACUGCCGGUAUCAAAGCAGGCGGCACACGUGUGUGUGUGUGUGUGUGUGUGUGUGGCUCUAUGGGAAAGAGUAACAAGACUCGAGAUCUGGUGAACGCUGGUGUUACGAAAGCUGAUGAAAAAGACUCGAUGACAAUGUGAUAUGUUUAUAAUGUUUACAACAUAACGUUUUGUAAUGUACCUCUGCAUACAGCUGUAUGUUUCAACCUACAAUAUUUCUAAAUAUCUAUAGAUUUGAUCAUGUCUAGGCAUUUGGGCAUAGUUAAGGCAUCGUAUAUUUCUUAUAUGAGCUUUUAAGUCGUGCAUUAUAGAUGUGUCGAAGUGAAUAUUUCUUGAAAUACACAAUAUAAUGGUGUUGGUAUCUGUAUAAAUAGUCAUUUUAUGAUUUUGAAUGUUUUUAAAAACUUUAAACGUCUAAUCACGCCUGAGAAAAUCUCAAUAUUUGCUGUCAAUCAAUACGUUUUCUGGCUUUGACUUUGUUUACAUGGUUUUUUGUUUACAGAUUCCCCGCUUUCGAAAACCAUAUGAUUAUUAAAAUGGCUUUUUUUUUACCGCUUUCGAAGGUUGAAGCACUUUUCUAAAACAAACGUUUCCAGUCUUACUGUAUAUAGAUCACCUCAAUCAUGUGAUUUUGUGACGCUUUAUAUCAUUUACUAAAUGUUUACAGUAUAAAUAUUGCUUAAAGUAAGCACGUUUUGUCUCACAAGAAACAUAUCGGACUGUUAAAUAACUUUGCCUUCAUUUGUAAUAUAUAAUAUUAUAUCAGUGUGCUGAACUUUAAAUGGAGAAACACUUUUAUGGUCUGUUGUAUAUUUAGACGCUUCUCCAUGAACGUCCGCUGCAUUUCUACAGUGGUUUUGGCACUGAUGAGAGGGACUUUCAGAAAGGGUUUUCUAUCAAAGCUUUAUGAGCAAAAGUGUAUUUCAUUUUAAUGUAAAAUGUGCUUGUUUCAAUUGUCACGCCGAUCUUUAUGGCUGCAUAUUUUUGGACAAUUAAUAAAAUGAAAACGACUCUUUCCAUGUGA